CGUCGUCGUGUCUGCGGCUCCUCCGUGUCGGCUUUGUGACAAACGACGCGGAGAUGUUUGGGGCGGACGAGUCAGCCUAGCUGAUUCCACAGAAACACAUGAACCAGUGCAUUUGAGAAGCAGGGAGCCAUGCAGAGUCCGAGCCAGGCCCACAAACCUGUGACCACAGAGGCACCGCUGGACCCCGAGCCUCAGCCUGCACAGACUGGACCAGAUGCACAACGAGAGGAAAGCAAAUCAGCUGGCAAUACUAAAGCAACAGAGACGGGGGUGCAGACAGCAGAAACACCUGCCACUAUGACGGUCACACCACCAGUGGAGAACAGUGCUCAGACACUGACCGAGUCCACGGAAAACACUGCAAGGACGGACGCUGCUGCAAAGCCAAGCUUAGCCCCAGCAGGCAAGACAAGUCCUGGGAGUGUUGGGCAAAAGGCAGCGAAGCAAGAUAAAGGUGAUGGCAGGAAAUAUGUUCCCUCCAAGAAAGCCAUGGUGGAUCCUCUGAAGAUGGAUAUGUCCAAACCUCUGGUUAUGCCUCUCACAUCAUCUCAGCUCUCCUUGCAGUGCAUCGAGUGCCACAUCAUCUUCAGCGAUCACAAGAGCAAAGAGCGUCAUCUGAAGCUGAGCCACCCGGCAGAAUAUGAACAAUGCAUCCUGAGAAAUGCCCUUUUUGCCUGCUAUGUGUGUGACCGCCACUUUACAAACUCCACAGAGCUCAUGGCCCACCAGAAAGCCCACAUAGAGAAGAAACCCUUUAAGUGUCCAAUCUGCAGCCAGGCCUUCAACAAGUCCUCAGAGCUCACUGUUCAUAAAAAGAUCCAUUUUGGUCGAGACGGUUAUGCCUGCACGGACUGUGGCAAACCUUGCAAAACGCUAACGUUGCUGAAGUAUCACCGGCGCACACACACCGGAGAGAGGCCGUAUGUUUGUAAGGAGUGUGGAAAGAGGUUCACCAUGUCCAAAGCUCUGCAGAAACAUAUAACGUCACACUUGCCAGAGGGAGCUGAGGGAGCUGAAGGAGGUGGAGGAGACACCACAGCUAAAGCACAACUGAGGAAAAAUGAUGGUGCCUCGACUACAAAAUAUCCUUGCUCUGUGUGCAAGGCCACUUUCAAGAGUUCCAGGACACGGCUACAUCACAUCAAAACGAAGCACAAUGUGUUGCCUGCUGCAGCCCGUAAUACCGUCCCAACAGGGCAGCAAGUGAAACAAAAUACACCCAUCAUAACUCCAAUAUCUAUCUGCCAGCCAGCACUACUGCAGGUGGAGCCCAAUGGACCUCUGCAAAAAGUUGAUGCCAAUAUUGACACAGAGCAGAUUCGCAGACUUAUUGAAUCUUUGGGAAAUGUGCAGAAAGUGAACCAAGUGGUCAUAUUGGGGCAGGUACCACCUCAUGCCCCUCCACUGGAAGUGCAGCAGAUAUCACAACUGGCAGAGCCGGUAAAUUUGAAUCUCAGCCCACCACAGAUUGAUUUUAUAGGACUGAAAGAGACAGACUCAAAGACUAUUGAGUUGGACCCUUCAAACAACCCAUGUGAUUCAAUGGAGCAAACAAUAAUACUGGAACCUAUCACUCCAGAUGGACAACUAGAAAAUCCUUCUUUCUCAGAAUUAAGCUCCCACAUAGCAGCAGGUGAAGACAUUGAGCUAACACUUGUUCCGGUUGAAGAAACAGUGAGACCUGAGGGAGAGGUGCUGCAUCAGAUCCUUCAACAACCUGAGAUUAGUGCAAUUCACUCUGAUCCUGUGGAUCUCAAACAAAAUCUUGAGCAAACAGUCAUAUUAGAACUUACGCCUGCUUUGAUGCCAACUUUGGAGCUGGAACAAUCCCAAGCUGUGCCACAAAAUGAAAUCCCUCCUUCCUCCUCUCUGGUCCUAACGACUGACCUGGAGACUCCUCAACAGACUGCAGAUCAGAUUGUAAUAGAAGACCAACAGACCAGCCUAUCAGUCCCACCACUCAUGUCUACGGUUGAGUUGGAGCUGACACCUUUACAACCACAUCAGCAGGACCUCUCCUCUUGUUCUUUUGUUCCGCCAGACCCACUUACUCCCAGUGAGCCUGGAGCUAAUCCCAAAGAUGAAGAUGUAAUUUCACAGAUGCAAACAGUAGUUCUAGAUCAGGUCCACCCUGUGGUAGGAAGAGACUCACUGCAGGACACCCAAGAAAAGGCUGAACAAGUGUCAUCUGAGGAACUACUUGUAGAUUGCAAGAAUAACCUGUCUGAAGUAGAGGAGCCAUGUGCUCAAGAAGAGGUUCAGUCACAGUUAGAGAACAGUCAAGGGCCAGAGAGCUCCGAGUUACCCGUAAAUGUAAUGUCAGCUCAAGAACUGGUGAAAGUGAGGAAAAGAAAGCCAGCCAGGACUUUAAUUUUUCAAGGAUAUAUGCAAGAUCUGGUCGGAUCCAUGUACAAGGAUGACUUACAAAUUGAUGCCAAACCACCCAAGCGCCAAAGAACAAAAAAGCCUCAUCUCGUAGUUAAAUUUGGUCCACAAAGCAAAGAGAAGAAAAACAUGAAACAGAGGAAGCCGUCGCAGCAGCGUCAGCCGAUGCAGGAAGACAUGAUAAGAGGUAAAACGCCGACAAAAAAACUUGUAGAGAAAAAAGAAUCAUCAGAGAAGAAUGGAAGAAAGGGGAAAAAGGACAAAACAGUGGGAAACGCAUUAUCUGCAGCUAAAAUCAAGUCAUCGCCAUCAACCCAGGUGCCACGGGUGCAUGAAAUCAAAGAGGAUACAAGAAAAAAUAAAAUGAAAAAACAGAAAGAAGUCUCCAAGGGGGGUGUAACACGUAUGAGUAAGCACAAAACUGUAGCAUCGCCUAUGUUUAAAAGGAAAAAGCAAGCAAAAAUCCUGAAAAAAGAUCAACCCAAGAAUGCAAAGGAUGGGAGGGCAAAGAAAAACCUGGCAAAAGAGGAAAAAGUUAACAAGGCAGACUUAGCUGGCUCACACAUAAUGCAAGACUCUCUGCUACUACUGAAAGGUCACAAACAGCCCCAGCUAAAAGUUUACAAGUUAGACCCUUCAAAGGCAUCAAGCCAGGCACCGGAGGCAUCACCUCACGAUCUCAAACAUCCAACAAGUGCAUCUACAAAUAAUACCUCAGCAGAAGGUAGGAAAAAAGGAGGAAGAGCCAAGAAGAACCAGAAAAAUCUUUCACUGUUGUCCUCGCUGCAGGUGUCCCAUCAGCCACCGGAGACACUGCCCACCAAGCCAAAGGCCACCAGGAAACGUAAAGCCUCUUCAAAAGUGGAGACCGAAGGAGUUAUAACUUCUCAUUCCAAGCGUGCCUUAGAGUGUAAGGACUGUGGGGAAAGGUUUAGUGAAGUCUCGUCCCUUCAGAAGCACAAGACGACCGUGCACAUCGUAGAGAGUCCCAGUCUCACGUACACCAAUGGGAACAUCUUUGAAGGCGUCUCCAGGUUGGAUCUUUACCAGCUUCCAAAAGAGCAAGACAAGGUUGCAGAGGUGAUGCAUGCUGCUACAGACUGGGACACUGAGCCUGAGAUGGGAGAGAUGGCGUUAGAGGACCGAGAGCGAAGUGUCUCUUUUCCAGCUUUGAUCCCAUCUCCGUCUUUUCCUGGUCCUCCUCCAGAUGUUGAUGGCAGUGCCUAUGAAGAUAAGGGUGGAAUGCCUGUUCAGACCACCCAGCAUCACAGGAUGGACUCAGAAAUUUUGAACAUAGAGGAGAUAGUGAUGGGAAGGGGCUUGCCAGAUCCUCCUCCGGAAGUUCCCCCCGAAAAGCCAGCAGAACCGUACAAACCCAUCACCUUGAAUGGACCUCCAGCAUCCACUGUUCAACCCUACCAGCAUGAAAAUCUGCAGUGUUUCCAGUGCUUCAUCACAUUUUGCAGUGCCAAAGCCAAGGAAAGGCACAUGAAGAAGAGCCACAGAGAAGAAUAUAAGCAACAGCUUCAGCAGGGUAACACACUGUUCACAUGCUACGUGUGCGACCGCACAUUUCUGUCUUCUGAGGAAUUGACGCAGCACCAGCCAACACACAGCAAGGAUGACAAGCCCUUCAAAUGCGUUCACUGCAAGGAGAGCUUUAAGACGUUCUCCGAACUCACAGCCCAUAGAAGACAGGUGUGUCCGGAGAAACAGAUGGUAUGCAAAGAUUGCAAUGAAACCUUCCGGAGUGCUGGACUGCUGCGUGCUCAUCGCCUGACCCAGCAUCCCCGCCCAGAUGUAGAGACUGCAGAACAGCCGGAGGACCCUUCAAAAACCCAUCGCUGUAAGAAGUGCGGUCAGGGAUUUGAAGCUGAAUCCGAGCUUUUAGCGCACCAGGAGAAGUACCCUGAAGGUCAGCAAUGCAACGGCAGCACUUCGGCCAUCAAGAAACGUGGACGGCCAGCCAAAGCCGAAGACCCAGCCGUCGCUGAGAAAAAGGGAAAGCGGAAAAAGAAGGAUGAGGCCGAGGUGUCUGAGGAGGCAGUGAAGGCCAGCAGCACAUCAGAGCCAGCAGCAACCCCAGCAGAGGAAAAAGGCAAAGCAGGUGGAGCUAAGCGAGGCCGUCCUUCUAAAGCAGCACCAAAAUCAGAUACAGAAGAUAAGAAAAGUCCUGAGGAUGACAGUGAAGCUCCAGGAAAGGAGAAGAAACCUAAAGUAGAUCUGGCUCCGGCCCGUCAGCACCCUUGUUCUGAAUGUGACCUCACAUUCCCCGGCUUGAUUCAGCUCCGCACUCACAAGAAGGAGAAACACGCCCCGCGGAAAGCUCAUCCCUGUGAAGAAUGUGAAGAGAGCUUUGCCCGUCCCGAGCAGCUGGACGCCCACAUGUCGCGGGCUCACGCCGUCGGCCGCUUCGCCUGUCCGACCUGCGGGAAGAGCUUUGGCCGUGAGCGCACCUUGAAAGCUCACCAGAAAAGCCACCCGGAGGAAAAGCCUGAAAACCCAAGUCCAGCAGUCAUGUCCAUUGAAUACACCAUUGAUAUCCAGCUGACAGAGUUGGGAUUCCCAGAUAUCCUGCAGCCCCAGGAGGCUUCGGACAGGGAGACACCAUGUCGCCCCUCAUCGCCCGCUGACUCACCCAGUCACACCCCCACUUCCCUAUCACCUGCACACAAACAAAGACACCUGAUCAGAGAUGGGAAGGAGGCAAGUACCGCAAAACUGACCUCAAACACCCAACAAAACACAGUGGUUUAUGUGUCAGCACCUCUGGCCGACACGUCACCCGGUAAACAGUUAAAUCCUACACAGAGUCCACAAGACGAGGCAGCUGUCAACGGGACCGAACAGUCAGAGCCGACAGGAGAUGAUCCCACUGCUGGAACAGACAGUCCCCAGCUGAUGUCCGAACAGGACGAAGACGGUCAGGAAGGUGGCGGAGACGCUGCCAAAGAGGGAUCAGCGGAGGGCCAGCAGGAUGUGGACGAUGACUCGGAUGACAGCGAAGUUUCAGAUGUGUACGAGGAAGAAGAGGUCGACGAGGAAGACGAUGAGGAAGAGGAAGGAAUAAGCAAUGAGUCGGGUCAUUCAGGUGACUACCGCUGCAGCAUCUGCGAUCUCCAGCUGCCCUCCCAAUUCAAGCUCCAAGACCACAUGAACCUGCACACAGGAGCGCGCCCGUACUGCUGUGCAGAAUGUGGGAAGCGCUUCUGUCAGAUAUAUAACUACCGCGUCCACCUGCGCACACACGCCCUGGUCAAGGUGGAUCGCCCCCAGUGUCGCAUCUGUCUGGUGAGCUUCCCAGCGCAGGAGGAUCUGAACAGACACCUGUCGAGAACACACCUCGAGGAUGAGUUUUACGAGUGCGACCUUUGCAAGCGCGUGUUUACCUCCCUGAAGGCCUGUGAAAAUCACGUGCAGCUACACAAAUGUAUGCUGAACGUCGUGUGCGACGUGUGCGGCCGCAAUUUCUCCUCUCCAAAAUCCCUCGCGCGCCACCUGAAGAAAUCGUGCCAUCGCAAUUUUAAAUGCACAGACUGCACAAAGACCUUCACCAAGAAGAACGCUCUCCUGAAACACAGCUUCUCCCAUCUGGGUUUGCUGCCGUACACCUGCGUCCGAUGCCGCCGCCACUUCCGCCUGGCUAAGCUGUACCGCCAGCACAAGUGCGAACCCGAACGCAUUCACUGCGUGGCGUGUCUGAGGGAGUUUCUCAGUCAGGAGGACUUCCAGCAGCACAAAAAGGACACAGGCUGCUGGGGCAACCAGGAGAGGAACGUGACGACGGAUGAGAUCAGGUGUUUGGAGUGCGGACAGAGAUUUGACACCUCGGAGGAGCUGAAGAAGCAUGCCGGGGCUCACCAGAGGGUGUUGAAGUGCGCUGAAUGUGGGAAGGGGUUCCGCUCGGCGUUGCUGCUAAUGUCCCACAUGGGCGGUCACGCUGGCAAGUCGCCCUGCCUUUGUCAGAGCUGUGGGCUGGGCUUCCCCCACCAGCAGAACUACGACAGCCACCUGAAGACCUGCGGACAAACACCUCCGACUGUGAGCGCUCCCAAGAAACGGCAGACCUCGAAGAGCUCUUUACCCGAGGCGAAAAGACCCAGAGCAAAACCCGACUCGUCAAACAUGGCCGCUGCGCCUGCUGUUGUUUCAACCAACCCUGCUGCACCAGUUCAGGAUUGCAGCAGUCCAGGACUUGUGACGGCGGGUGUGUCCGCUGGCUCCGCUCCAUCAGACGGGGUUUGGAAGCUAACCCUCAACAAACAGCCGCCUCCUGGAGUCGAACUCGUCGUGUUUGUUCCUGUCUGUCCGACUCCAACCAAUGGGCUUCCACUCCCGUCUGCAGUCCCUCAGACUCUACCUGUUACAGCUAUGCAAGCCCUGCCGCAAGCAUCCUCCCCGCUUGUUUCAGGCAACCUUGGACUGAAAGCUGCUCUCGGAGCCCCCCUGGAUCUCGUAACCGGGAUUAAACAGGAUCCAGAAGCACCUCUGGAUUUGUCUAAGAAGCGCAACUCGUCCGAGUCUGCGCCGACCAACAUUCCUCUUCUUCCUGUUAAAAGUGAGCCAGAAGAGUGUGAAAUUUCAGGGCAGGUUAAUGGUACUGGGAGGCAAGAAUUUAAAAACCACAGUACAAAGACAGACACGUACACCGAGGAGAAGCGGUUAAAAGUCUCCUCUCUUCAUGCUGACACGGCAUCAUCUGGACCAAUAAUGGAUAUAAAGAGUGAGCCUCAGUCACCUGGUGCUGGUCUCGAUUUGUGCUUAUCCAGAACCAGACAACUGAAAGACUGUCAGCCAGACAAAGAGAUUAAGAUGGAAGUUGACAUUUCAAACCCUGUCUGUGCUGAUAUGGAGACAUUCGCGCUCAUGGACAAAGACAAGUGUAGCGACGUUCCUGGUCAGUGCUCCUGGAUGGAGAUGCACCAGUUCAUCGGUGACCUUAUCACAUCUGGAAACUCCUCCAAAAGCCAGCCAGAUGUGCUGAACGCAGCAGCGUGGGGUGUGGCGGCUGCAGCUGCUGGUUCUCUGGGCUUCAAAGCUGCUUCACUGGAACCUCUUCAGCCACUUCGACCCGCCCAGGACAAGUCAGAACCCGGCAGGCAGAUCCAGCCCCGGGCGUCCCAGAGGAAAGGGGAGGCCAGAGACCGGAGAGAAGGUCUAGAUGUGCAUCAUGCCUGCACCUGCCCCGGCUGUCCGUACUCCGGCUCUGCUCUGUCUUUUGAGACUUUAACAUCCAGACAAUCUUUGUCCUCGCCGCCUCACUCAGAGGCAGUCUGCCACCCCAAAGAUCUGAGCAGCACUGCUCCGGUGAGCCUCGGCAUGUGUUUACCAGACACCACCGUACCCAGCAGCAGCACCGCAUCCGAGCUGGAAGGCAGGCCGUCCAACCGAACGCAGAGCGACGACGCAGACAGAGGAACUCGGAGCCGAGAUCAAAACCCUGACGCUCCGACCUCCAGAGCGUCCUCGGGCUCCGUGUUCUCCAUGUUCCCCUGCCUGUGCUGCCACCGCGGCCUUCAAACCUGCAGCCAGCUGCGGAGCCAGCAGGAAGGAGCCGACUCAUCGUUUUCUCACACCCAUGCCCAUCAUCAUUUCCACCACCAUCACUGCCCGUUAACUUCCUGCUUACCCUGUCCUCAGCUCGCCCACUCACACUCCUCACAGCUCUCCAGUCCUUUUCCCUGCUUGCCCUGCCAGUGCUCCUUCCCCACCUGCAGCCAGGUCUGCCACCACCAGCACAGACAGACACAGCAGCCGGAGGAGAGAGGCAGGACGGCUACAAACCUGCUGUCGCUGCACCCCUGUAUGCACUGCUCUGCCUCUUUUUCCCGACCGUCCCAGCUGCUGCAGCAUCAGCGCUCUGAGCACGCUCACAAACCGUCCGGCUUCCUCUGCACAGAGUGUGGCAGGGCCUUCAACUCGCACAGCAACCUCCGCAUACACCUCAACGUGCACACCGGCGCCCGGCCCUACACCUGCUCCGACUGCGGCAAGAGCUUUAGCCAGUCGGGAGCUCUGAAGAUCCACAGACGGAUUCACACGGGUGAAAGGCCGUACUCCUGUGGCUUCUGUGGCAGAGGGUUUCCCCAUCUGGCCGGGGUCCGGGCCCACCAGAGGACCCACACGGGGGAGAAACCCUAUCGCUGUAGCCAGUGUGGGAAGUGUUUCACCCAGUCAGGAGCUCUGAAGAUCCACACCCGCAUCCACACAGGAGAGAGGCCCUUCAUCUGCAGCAUCUGCGGGAAAGGCUUUUCCAACCGCUCCGGGAUCCGCUUCCACUACCGCACGGUUCACGGGUUAGCUCCUGAGCCCAGUGGGGAGGCAGGAGCUGGAGGUGCAUAUCGAGGACCCGCAGGUCGUGGUUGUCCGCCGGGGCGACCCAGGACUUUACCUUCAACCAGCGUUAGGCUAAACACACCCAACAGCCCUGACGACAGCUCCAACACAGCUCCAAGCUCUCGAGAUUCUUCAGAGUUGAUCGCUGCUCAUCCUGGCUCUGCCUUGUUUGAGCGCAAAUCUCAGUCUGAAGGAGCAGCUGGGAGCAGAGAGGGGCUUCUGUACGCAUGUGAAGACUGUGGGCUGCGUUUUAAAGACGCCCCGUCCAGGAACAGACACCAGACUCUGGUUCACUACUCCCACGAGGGGAGAGAAGAGGAGGAAGAGGAAGAGGAGCAGCAGAGGAAAGAGUUCAGCACAAAUGAGAGAGUCGGAAAUCACCGUAAAUGAGGGUGAAUUAAUGUUACUGGUAGAUAACAGCCAAACUGCAGAGUAAACCCAUUUUUACAUGUAGAGAGAGAGAGUACCAUUUGUGUGGAAUAUAUAUUUGUUAACUAAGCAUUACUCAUCAUGGGAUCUCUUUCAGAGCUCCUAUAUCGCCUCAAAUAAGGUUUCGUAACACCUAAAUAGAUGUAAAAGAGAUUUUGCACAGUUUACAACCAGAAACACAAACCUGCCUGUUGUCACAACAGGGUCGACUUGUGCGACAGGUUUUUCUGAUUUACGAUUUGACGAGGAAAAGUUUUCUGUUUCUGAGGUUUCCUGUUUGUGCAGAGCUGUCGCCGCCGUUACACGUGUAAGCUUUGUCUGACAACAACCUCAAACCACUUGCUCCAAUCAGACGCCAAGCCACCUGGUGUUUCUGUUGUUACAACCGUUUUAUUGUGCCUUAUUCAGCAGUGGAAAGAGGUAUCCCCCCUUUGUUGCAUUGUGACACCACAGAGUUGGUCACAGCCUUUUCGUGAAUUUUUAGAGGCUUUUAGUAACAUUUUCUUAUAGAAUGGAGGCCUGACCCCUCAUUAUACAAAAUGAAAAAAAAAAAGUACAAUUUUCAAACUUAAAGACAAAUCUGCUGUUUUUUUCACUAGAGCAGAUUAUCAGUGUGUGAACAGCAAUGCCAUCUAAGUUUAAGUAAUUUAAUCAUUUUAAAACAUAUAUUUCCCA